AUGUACAACAACACCAGCAACAACACCGACGAACCCCAAUCUUCGACGAAACAGCUGAACCAGCAGAUGCAGCAGUGGACAGAAGGACGAGGAAGGGACUUGGUUUCAGUCACGACAUGGACCAAUAACCAGUGGACACGGUUUAAAGAGAACGCUGCCAACAGGAUCCUUUUCCAAGACGAUGACAGUAGUUUGCACAACGAAUCAGGCGACGGUAACGGCGACGACAUUGAGCAGAGAGAUGGUUUAAAGUCUCUUCGGAUAGCACCUGACGCAGAGGAGGUUGUGGUGCAGGUGAAAGAGAUGGAUGACGGUGAGGAGGAUCCGUCGUAUUUCCCGGGCGAGAUCAGGUUCUUGUUAGACAUGCCGGACUGGAUCCCGGAUUGGUUGACCAGCAAGACGAUUCAUCCUUCAACGCUUUGGCCACCACCACCACAACCCAGUGCGACUACCAACACGGAUACAGAGACACAGAGCGAGGUCGAACGUACUGCCAAAAGAGACGACGACGACGACCAAGCAGAACAACAACGCGAACGUGAACAAGACCAGGACCAGAAGCGCCAAAAACGACCUCCAAUCUUAGACAUCGUCUACACCUGGGUGAACGGAUCCGACCCAGAAUGGCAAUACAGCAAGCACAUCUACGAGGCCAAAGAACCGAUCCUACGACGGAUCAAUGCUGCGAAAGUCGAGAGUCGGAUGGUAGGACGGUUCCGGGACAAUGACGAGUUGAAGCAUUCAGUCCGGUCGGCCUACAAAUUUGGGAAGGAUGUUAUUCGAAAGAUCCAUAUCUCGGCGGCGGAUGUGAUUGAGGAGGGGCUUUGGGAGAUUUGA